AUAGCAGACUCGUAGACGAAGAAGACGAAGGGCGAGAGAGAGAGCGAGAGAGAGCAGGCAGCUGACGACUCUUCACCAUGCUUGAGGUACUGGGCGAAGCAUAUGGAUGUGUCGGUCUCUCUCCUCGUGUACAUAAAGCCGGAAAAUUUAGGGGAAGUGAUGGGUGUUCGUUCUUAAAGAACGGUUCUUUCUCUUUCCUCGGGGUCGCGGGAUGUCUCCCUUCAGUUUCACCAGAGGGUCUCGAGCUCGACGCUUGUAGCUUGUAAAUGCCGCUCUGGAGACACCUCCCACCAUCGAUCUGUCAAAUUGUUUCGUGCAUGGGGAUUUUGUGAGAUCAAUGCAUUCUAGAAAUAAAUGCUGUUCGUUUUCUCUGUUGGAUGGAUGCUUUGGAAAGAGAAGUAGCUGCUUGUUUUUAGGAGCCUAUUCUCAUAUUCUUGCACUUUACAUAAUGGAGAAGUUUAAGGGAACGUUCAAGGCACUUUUCAAUAGCAGAGGCUGUCUUGGAUGCUUUACUAAACCUCCACUAGGUAUCUCUGUGGAUGAUUCUUCAAAGGGACAGCAAAUUCAAGGCCAAGCAGUGAAGAAACGAUUCAUCGCAGUCGACUCCUGGAGCACUAGCCAUUGUGAAAUGGAUAACAGUGUUGCACCUUCUCAAAGAAGUAUAUACUCUAUCAGCACAUUAAACCAGACCCUUGAUCCUCCUGACAGCGGUGCUGGUGAACCGAGCAACCCAUCCGAGUUUGUAAAUCGCGGCCUUCUUCUAUGGAACCAGACAAGGCAGCAAUGGACUGCAAAUAAGGGAACUCAGAAUCGCACACAAGUUCGAGAACCUAAAAUCAGCUGGAAUGCGACUUACGACAGCCUACUCGGAAACAGCAAGCCUUUCCGACAGCCUAUUCCACUUGCGGAAAUGAUAGAUUUUCUCGUCGAUGUCUGGGAGCAGGAGGGCUUGUACGAUUGACAGUGUAGCCAUCUCGGUAAUGUUCACAUUCAGGGGCUGCUUGUGAAUUCUUUUAUGCGAAACUGCAUAUGAUUGUGUUGCGCAUUUGACUCGACUAAAUGCUCCGUAAUGCAUGUGCAAAGAGGCUUCGAUA